UCAGAGCUAAGACUAAGAGCGUGAAAACAAUACCACACUCCGAUAAAUAAUAAGAGACACAGAGAGAGAAACGGUGACAGUGACAUAGUCGGAAAAAAUGGCGUCAUGGAUGAAGGCGGUGCUAAUCUCUACUGGUUUCGUAGCCACGGCUAUGCAUCUAAAGGUUAUUGUUCCUGUGGCUUUAGAUUUCUCACAAGAUCCGAUUAUCUUGAGCUCUUUCCUCACGUGGCUGAAACCGCCGUAUCUUUACGUCAUCACCAACGUCAUCAUCAUCGUUAUCGGAGUUUCUUACCGGAUUACUACUGUCUCCAGCCACGUCGACGGCAAAGACUACGAGGCUUCUUACAGUGGUGACAAUAAGUUUCAGACUGAUCAUCAGCAGAUCGUCGAACGACCUACUCUCCGACAGCGGACGGAGACGAAAGAUGCGGAUUUUGGUUUCAUCGGCAAAGUUUUGCAGAUCGUUAAGGAGCCGGAGGUUGUGUAUGAAGAGAAGGAGAGGCCGGCGACGGUAGAGGAGGAGGUGGAGAAGAAGUGUUUAGUGGUGGUGAGCAAAUCGGAAAAUCAACCUCCGGUGGAGAAGCCUCUUGUUACGGCUAGGAUCGGCCAACGGAAACCGGUGGUUAAGACUACACCAGCAGAAAGGAAUUCCAUGAGAGCGUUAAGAGUGGCGAAGCCGAAGCGUAACGAGACGUUAGAGAAUACGUGGAAGAUGAUCAUGGAAGGCAACAAGUCAACGCUUCCGUUGACCAGUUAUUACAAGAGACCUGACACGUUCGGACUUGGUGGCGAAGAGACAAAACUAUCUGGUGGUUUGAAGAAAUCGGAGUCGUUUAGUGACAGAACUAAUAGUGACCAGUCUCUACCGUCGCCACCGCCGCCGCUAGUGAAGGUGAAGAAGGUGAAAGUGACUCGGAGUCGGGAUGAGCUUAACCGGAGAGUAGAAGCGUUUAUAAAAAAAUGCAACGACGAGAGGUUCGCGUCGAUGAGACUGGACAACGAAGUGGCUCGUCAUGGUCUUUCGUAUUAAAAUCAUUUUCUUCAUAAUUUUUUGUUGUCUUUCAAUACACGACAAUAACAAGU